AUGCCUCCAAGGGCUAUUUUCCCUCGGGCCGCAAAACCUGCCGGUAAAGCUGCACCCAAGAAGCCCGAUGGAAAACGCAAGAAAGGUGGCUUGAAUGGAGAUGCAGAGGCACCUCCUCCAAAGAAAAAGACAAAAAAGGAAAUCCCGCAAGUCCUGGACGAGGAACUCCUUGCAGCCGAUCUCAACAUUGAUUAUUCGAAAAAAGGGAAGAAGCUGAGGCCACAAAUGCCCAAGAAACAGCAAUGGGGAAAGGUAAAAGGUGUCAUCACAGAGCGGGAAAAUGCACCUAAAGGCUGGAACCCAGAGGAGCCUGAUCUGAUGCCCGAUGACUUCGAAUCCCAAAUCGAAAGGUGUCUUGAGCGGAUCGAAGAGAAUAUUAUGCCUCAUGUGUAUCAACAUAAAAUGAACGAAUUCAUGGCAAAGCAGGCUGCACUGAUGGGUACAGAGCCAGGUUUAAGUUGGCCCGUUGUACAACGCCUAGAUGAUCUCAAAUUUACGUUGAAUUGGCUCGUGACGGGAAACGACGAAUACAAAAUGGUCGAUACGGUAAAAGCCAUCAUAGCACACUAUCGAUCAUGCGAAUUAGAUUGGAAUCCGGACUUUGUCACCUACUGGCAUGCUGGAGUUCAGCUCUGCCUGCCGAGACCUUUCUACUGGGAUGAAUAUCGCUACAUUCACGACAAAUGUGAGGGACAUGUAGGGUUUUGGGUCGAAGGUGUUCUCGGGCAUGCGCCUGGCAUCAGCAAGACUUCGAUGGUAAGACUUAGCCUUCGGAUCCCGCAGGAUCCACCGGUUGCAGUAAAAAAAGGAGACGAUGGAAAAAACAGAAAAGAUGGAAAAGAUGAGAAAGAUGAAAAACCACCACCCAGGCCACCGAGCUUUGAAUUCCCGUUUAUGGAUGACACUGGCUCUACACAUAUGAGCAUGUUUGAAGACGACAUCAACCUUCUUCGGAAUAUGGGUGCAAACGAUGGACACAUAUACCCCUUGCCCCGGUGCCUGGGUGUUGGAGUUCUUUAUGUCGCAGAUGGGAGGCGGGUCACCUCGCUAUUUAGAGAAUUAGAAGUCAACAUGUGGAGUACAGAUGAAUCGGCUUGGAUGUCCCCUUACUGGCAGGCGAUACCGGCCUCUAUUCAGAGUGGUCAAGCAACGAGGGUUGGCGCUGACCGUUUGAGUGGGUCAUGGCUGCGACACAGAUUUUACACUGGAACUUGUCCUGAUCAGUCCAUGCGUCUUUGGGUUUUUAAUUAUAACCCCGGGAUACCACAGGGUCAGAGGACUCUUCCUACCGCAACCUCGGCACAAUUGACGGCAUCCUUCAGAAUUGGAAGGCUUCAUCCGGUUACAGACUUUCAAAGUUUGUUCUAA